AUGGAGCCCUCAACGCCCUCCCGUCCGCCCAAGGACAUCGAAACGGCCUACACCAGGCCACUGGAGCCGGAGUCACCGGCCAAUUUUGUCGCUGGAAAGGCUGGCAAGAGGCAGAGGAAGACUGUCACAAUGCCUCCCCCAGUCCUCAAAGGAGCCAGCGACAGCAUCCCCACGGCCACCUCUCGGCUGCAGAAGCAGUUUGAGGAGGCUCAACAGCAACAGAAACUGCAGCAGAAGGCUCUCAUCAGAUUGGCGAAGACUCUGGACAGCUGGGUUGAGGAGGAGAAGCAGCCAGUCAGUCAGAACUUUGCCCGAAUCUUCUGUGAGAGGUUUGUCAAGUAUGUGACAGCAGAUCUGAGUGCAGCAUCAAUUCUGAGAGGGGGUGCUGCCCCGGGUACUCAUCCGCAGCCAAAUGCAGCAAAGACAGCUGCGAGGGAGCCGACUACCUGGGCGGGUGUUGCUCAGAGGGGGAAAAACUCUGCCCUCCCUGGGGUUGCCCCUGCCAAGACUGCGGCUUCCUCGGCAGGCAGGGCUAGUGGAGCUAGCCUGCAGCCCAAAAGCGCCAGUCAGCCAGGGGGCCCCACAGGGGGCACAAAACAGCAAGAGGACCCACGAGUCCUCGUCACCCUCCAGCCAGAGAAACGGGUCGCCCGGCUACAGCCAUAUGCUGUGCGGCAGGCAAUCGCUGCAAACAUUCAGGGGGUGGGGGAUGUGGCCAAUGUGCCGAAGGUGGAGCCCACCAGGACAGGUUGGGCGAUCACACCAAGCGACAGAGGCAUACGCGACGCUCUGACCACUGAGAAGGCAGUGGCUACUCUCUGUGAAGUCCUUGGCGCCACGGAGAUCCGGCUACCAGAGCGGUGGUAUAAUUAUGCUGUCCCAGGGGUCCCAGAAUUUGUCCAGGACUGGGAAGGGGCAAGAAUCCCCACAGACAAGAUGAUUGAGGGAGAGGUUCUGGCUCAGGCAAAGGUAAAGCCAGAUGCCAGGGGUUCUGCCACCCACCAAAGUGUGCGCGACUGGCAAGAUGCUCCAACUGCAGUGAGCCCACAAGCCAGCAUGAGGGGCCAACAGGCGCGGAGUGCAAGAGAGCGCCAAGAUGUGCCAACUGCUGCCAACCCUACCCAGCUGGGCAUCAGCACUGCCUGCCGCACCCAGGCGCGUGAAUGGCACCCUCAGGCGCCUAACUCAAAAAGAGCUAGCAGCUGUUCGCCGCCUUGGCGACAGGUGCCACAGGGAUGCUCAGGAGCGACAACCGCCGCCAGCACAGCCAGCACCAAUGGUCGCAGUGGUGGUACCUCCACCAACCACUCAGUCAACCCAGUCAACACAGCCCGCUGGGCUAGCACCCCGCAAGCGGGCGGCUACUCAGAGUUCCAUCACAUGCAGAUGGCAGGUCUGGAGGUCUUCAACCUCAUCCCGCAGGUGGACUUCGGCAGCAGCUCACCAAACCGCUGGGAUGACACUAACCCGGAGCAGCGAGAGGAGGAGAGGCCCCGGGUCAUGACAUAUGUACGCAAGGGCUCAAAGACAAGGGCACAGCAACACCGGUCUGUGCAAAGCAGGGAUCUGCUAUGGGUCAGUGUAAAUGGCUGCCACAUUCUCAAUGUGUACAGACAGCCUGGGACAGACGCAGUCAUGGACUAUCUGACCAAUCUGAGCCCACCAGCCCGCUGUCUGAUAGGUGGGGAUAUCAACGUACGGCAUGAUGCCUUUGAACCAGGGGCAGUGAAUCUGCACCGGGGCGGGGAGCUUGUCCAAUGGGCCAGUGAACAUGGGAUGGACUUUGUGGGAGAGAUAGGGGUUCCGACUCAUGCAGCAGGUCAUGUGAUUGAUCUCACCUUCUCCAAUGUGGCCUUUGCUUCCACUACAGUGCGUCAAGAUCUACACUGCGGCUCAGAUCACCAGUCUAUGAUCACUAUGCUGCCAACAACACCUCAAACACAGCUGAGUGAUGCUCGGAUCAAGAUCACAGACUCUCAGCUGGAGCCCUUUGCAGAUCUUGUCAGAGGUCUCAUGGUGGACAUGCCUUGCCCAGAGGGGGUUGGAAAUGUGGCACAGCUUGAUGAUCUGGCCCAGCACUUCACUCAGAGUCUUCUGGCUGCAGCUCAGGCAGUCAGUAAGCCAGCUCAACAAGGGCGGACCACAGCCCCCUGGUGGACAGCAGACUGCCGAAGAGCGCACCGAGAGCUCACCACUCACCAGACAGAGGCCGCGAAGCACCAGUUCAAGGAUGCAGUGCGCAAGGCCAAGCGUGCAUACUGGAGGCAGGUGAUCAAUGAGGCCAGAGAUGGUAGAGACCUGUACCGGGUGGUGGCAUGGCAUAAGCUGGAACCCAACCUCAGAGCACCCCCUCUGGUGAUUGGGGAUCAGGUCAUAGAAGAGACAGCCGCCAAAGCUGAGGCACUUCAACAAGCAAUUCUGAAGCGAUACAACUCAGCUGAUGAUCUGGAGUAUGACCCACUGGAUGAUGAGCACUGGAGCGGCAUGGGGAACCUGCCUUGGAACCCCCGGGUUGGGAUGGAGGAGAUGGAGCGCAACACCAUUGGGGUACAGAGCACCUCCCCAGGCACGGAUGGAAUCACAGUGCGGAUGCUCAAAGCAUGCUGGCAGCAUGUGUCUCUCUUUAUACAGCAGCUAUACAACUGCUGCCUCCGGCUCUGCCACUUCCCACGAGCCUGGAAACUGGCAGAGGUGGCAAUGAUACCCAAGGUGGGUAAGAGAGAUAGAAGCUCAGUCCGCUCCUGGAGGCCCAUUGCCCUGCUUUCAGUAAUCUCCAAAGGGCUGGAACGCAUCAUUGCAAGGCGACUGGCCUACACGGCACUCAUUCACGGCAUAGUCAGCCCACAGCAUGGGGGGGCGCUGCCCAGACGAUCUGCAAUGGACCUGGUAGCUGCUUUCACUCAUGAGGUGGAGGCAGCCUUCGCACAAAACAAGGAAGUGUCCAUGGUCACAAUGGAUGUGCAGGGUGCCUUUGAUGCUGUGCUGCGCAGGCGGCUGCUUCAGCGGAUGGCGCAGCAGGGGUGGCCACGCGAGCUGCUGCAGCUCAUUGACAGUUUCCUCACUGAACGCAGAGCUCAGGUCCGGCUGGAGGGGACCACCACAGCAGCACAUCAGAUGCAAUGUGGCACGCCACAGGGGUCUCCUUUGUCACCAAUACUGUUCCUUCUGUACCUGGCAGAGCUGCUGUGGCAAAACUCGGAGUUGCGCUUUGGCUAUGCGGAUGAUCUGAACAUCUGGCGGGCGACCCACUCACUUGACAACAAUGCCACCCUUCUCAGACAGGAUAUACAGAGUAUUCUGAGGUGGGGGGAGAUAAACAAGGUGGCCUUCGCACCAGAGAAACUUGAGAUGAUCCAUCUUACAAGAAAGCGACACAAUGAGGCACCAGCAGUAGUUGUGUCUGAGGAUCUCACUGUUCACCCUGUUACUGCCCCAGCUGGACAGGAGCCAGCACUUCGCUGGCUGGGUGUACACUUCGACAGAAGGCUCACCUGGAGACCACAUGUCUCCACCCGGGCAAAGAAGGCAAGGGCCGUGGCCCAGCACAUCCGGAGUCUGGGAAAGACCAGAGACGGGCCCCCAGCAGACGCUCUGCGGAAGGCGGUCACCACCUGCGUGGUUCCCUCACUGCUCUAUGGCACAGAGGCCUGGUACGGCGGCCGCACGCAGCCAGCAAGGCACACGGGCAGGAGUGGGGAGGUUAGCUCCCGCCUGGGAUGGCAUGUGGGGACAGUUGAGAAGGUACUUACUAUGGCAGCCAGAGGGGUCCUCCCAGUUUUCCGUACAACGCCCAUCGCUACCCUAUACCGGGAUGCUGGGCUCCCAUCAGCAAUGGUAGCUCUGGAGGAGGCCAAAAUUCGAUUCGCGACAAGGCUUCAGGUGGUGGAUGAGAAGCACCCACUGGCUUCACGGAUAGCACCUCCAAUGAUCACACGAGGAAGAGGGGCUGGAACCCGGCAGCGCUCAAAGACCAAGAUCCAGCGGUUGGGGGCGCUGCUACCUGCAGUCAAUAGACCCACACUUGCCAUCCCACACUACUCAGAGGGAUGCGGGACAGACCCCACAGAGGGUGUAGACAAAAAGAGUGCUGCUCAGGCAUUCAAGGAAUGGUGGAGAAGUCAACCCUCAACAGAUCUAUAUGUUUUCUCAGAUGGAUCAGAACGGAACCUUGACAACAGCAGGCAGGUGGGCUAUGGCUUCAUAGUCUAUCAGGGAAAUAAACAGCUGGCCAGCUUCUCAGCUGCGCUGAGCCCUAUGUCACAUGUCUUCGACGCUGAGGCAGUUGGUGCCUGCCGGGCAUUGGAGUGCGCCGUGAAGCUCCUACCUUGUGUCACAGAGGACAGCAGCAACCCUCAGAUCUGGCUCUGCCUCGACAACACCUCAGUCAUCUGGGGCAUACGGGGCAGUGCAGCAGCCUCCUCAAACUGGGCCUACAACCGCUGCCAUGAGCUCCUCAGACAGCACAAUGUCGGCCUGAAGUGGGCUCCUGGGCAUAUGGGGAUAGAGGGCAAUGAGGAAGCAGACCGCUUGGCUAAGCGGGCAGUCUCAUCCACUGCAGCCCCAGCCUAUGGUCUCGAGGCCACACCCAUAGUCAGUGGGGUCCGCACAGUGGCCAAGCAGCUCAGCCAAGAGGCAAGGCGAAAGUGGUGGAGUGGAGCCUGUGGCAAGCUCUCUGACUGGUACCGGGGCUGGAGUUUCAGCAGGCCGACUGUGGAGUACCAAGUGAAGGCCCCUCCGGAGCUCACCAUGCCACGGCAUGCCCUUCACCGCUGGCUCGCACUCCGCUCCUCUCAUGGGGACUUCUCCUGGUACCACAGGCGUUUCCAGCAUGCAGAUGCAAGGCUCACCUGUGUCUGUGGACACAACAAGAGCCCAGAACAUUUGGUGCUCUGUCGACACUCACAGAGGCACUUUCUUCACUGGCCCAAGAGGCCAGCAGCACGGCCACACAACCGGGCGACGGCGUUUGCCUAUCUAGGGUCUCUGACCCCUACAGACUUUGUAGAACUGCUGGACUGCACGCAGUUCUACACACGGUACUGCACAAGGUAA